UUGCAGAUUAUAAGUGAAAUACCAUCUCCUCUAUACGUCGUGGUUCAAUGGACAACUGCAAUUCUACUAAUUUCGCCAAUAUGCACAUCAUUCCAUUCAUAUUACAAUUCGCCCAACACUCUCGAUAUUGUGAAUCCUCCAGAAUUGCUUGCGCUCGCAAGUGUGAUGAUGUUUGUUGCUGUUGUUGUAUUCUUCAGUAUUUCCAUGAUUUGCUAUGCUCAGGUGUUCUUUCAUAUCCUGCACUACAAUUACUUUACUAACAGUGUAAACAGACAAGAGCUCCGACUUUGCAUACAAGCUACAGGUCUUCUGGUUGCUUUUGUUUUGCUUUUCUUCUACCAUGUUGGACAAUUUGUCAUCAAUCAUAUUAAUGACCUACCACUACUCUUCACUUGGAGACUGUUUCAUCCACUUGUAACUGGUUUCGUAUCGUGGGUACAACCAUGGAUGUGCCUCGCAUUCAACUCUGAUGUCCGAGAACAUGUUCAAAAAAUAUUGUUUUGCCGUCGAGAGCAGCUACCGACACGUACCGGGACAAUGCGCAACCUGCUCGGCUUACUUUUAGUGGUAGUCUCUGUGGCAACGGUUCUUGGACAAUUUUACGGUGGUCGGGGACCAUAUGGUGGCGGUCCAUAUGGUGGCGGGUUUGGCCGAGGUCCUUAUGGAGGUGGAUUCGGUCGCAGCCCCUACGGCUAUGGUGGUAAUCCAUAUGGCGGUGGUUUUGGACGAGUAAAUCCACUGCAAGGAGCAAUGAUGGGAGCUAUGAUGGGUGCGAUGAGAGGAUAG